AUAUCUUGACUACAUCAACUAUGUGCUUACACAGAGCAAAUACAGCUAUCUUCCUUCCAUUCGAAGCAUUAAAGGAUUAAUGACUGUCUCCUCUGUACUACCUUUAGCGUUGCUCUCUUUAUUUCCACACCAAGAACCAAGAUUUCUGAUCCCACUACUUCUUCCUUUGGUCUAUCUUUAUGGCACAAAAAUUCUUCCUGAGAAAGAAAGUGACGUAAUAAGAGCCGACCCUAAUUCCUUCAAGUCUACAAAGGUCAAAAAAAUAUCUACAGCUUUCUAUGCUACUUGGCUGGCAAGCAACGUCAUUUUAACGAUUUUUUAUGGUUACUUGCACCAAGGGGGUGUGGUCUCUGCUAUGUCCCACCUCUCCAAUGUGGCUAAAAGAUAUGAUAGAUCUAUCAAUAUACAUUUGUUCUCUAGCCACAAUUACAUGCUGCCUCAAUUCUUACUGCUGCAACAUCAGAUGAUAUUGAAAACAGAAGAUUUUAUAAGCAAUAUGGAAGCAUCAAAAAAAAGGGUACACAUAUAUGAAGAAGGAUCUAAAGAUCUGGGAUUUGUGACAAAGAAGAUGCAAAUUGUUUACAAUGCUCAGAAAAGGUCUUUCAGAAAAUUUAAAAUGUUUUUACUUAUCCCAAAUAGUAUUAGUUAUGAUAUGUACGGGUUAAUUGGCAAAACAAAUUUGGUUUUGACAAAGAUCAAGGUUUUUUAUCCACAUGUUGCAAUUGAAACCUUGCCAGAAAUUGGAAAGCAUUACUUGGACCUUUUUAAGGUUUUUAAUUAUGAAUUAUUUUUUGAUAUAUCCAGUGCCCAAGUAUUUUUGGGCAAAUUCAUUGAAAUCUUUGGGCUGAGUUUAUAUGAAGUGUCUGAAAAAUAUAUUAGUCAAAGUGAUAAAAUGAUAUCCUUUGAGAAAUCAUAGGAUUUGAAAAAAAAGUUGAACUAUUGUUCCAAAUGAUUGAUAAUAAUUUAAUUGAAAUACUCUUUUGGGAAUUGAAUUGAUACAAUACAAUUUUUCUGUAUUAUUUAUUUUUGCAAAUUUAAUUGAAUUGUACAAACAAAAUUUAUAUUAUUAUUUUCAUCAUUGUUUAAAAGAAAUUUUAUAUUAAAUGAUUUUCUGUUA